AUGGAUUCAGACUACUAUAGAAUUAAAGUUGAAGAACAACUCAAUGAUUCGACAUUUUACUCAGAAAUUCCUGAUAAUAUAGAUCAUCUAGUCAAGAGAAGAAUGAAUACCGUACUGAACAAAUACACAACGGCCACUACGGAAAAAGAGUAUGAUUACUUGAAAAAUUUCGAAAGGAAAACGAGUAACUUUUAUGGCCUUCCAAAAAUCCAUAAAUCAAAGGAGAUCCAAUCGGCUAUUAAUUCUCAGCAAAACGAAUACAUAAAAGUGCAAAAACCGACGGAUCUUAAACUUAGACCCAUCAUUGCAGGUCCAGCAAGUCCCACUCACAGACUAAGCAACUUUUUAGACACAAUUUUGAAACCAUUAUGUAAAUAUGUACCGAGCUAUAUAAGAGACGAUAUAGAUUUUCUCUCACACCUGCCAAAAAUAGCACCGGUUCACGCUCGUUUAGUAAGCUUCGAUGUCACAAGCCUAUAUACGAACAUUCCACACGAUUUAGGAAUAGAGGCAAUACAAUAUUGGGUUGCAAAACAUCGAGAUGCAAUACCAAAUCGAUUCACUGUUGACUUUAUACUCGAUUCAACUAAACUUAUUCUUGAAAACAAUUCUUUCUAUUUCAAUGGCAAGAACUAUUUGCAACAUCGGGGGACAGCAAUGGGAACAAAAUUUGCACCAACAUAUGCAACAUUAGUCAUGGGCUUCCUUGAACAAAGACUGUAUCAAGAAGUUGAAAAUAAUUUUGGAGUUGAAUUUGCAAGUGAAUUUGAAUUAUCAUGGAAAAGAUACCUUGAUGAUUGCUUCAUUAUCUGGAACAAAUCCGACGAAGAACUCCAACUAUUUUCGGACAUACUAAAUAACCUUCAUACCUCCAUAAAAUUUACGAAGGAUGAAAAUUUCAACCAAUUACCGUUUCUAGACAUUCUUGUUAUUAAAGAUGGCACUGAAAUUAAAACAGAUAUUUUUUACAAAGGUACUGAUACUCAUCAGUAUUUAGAUUUUAAUUCGUGCCACCCAUCUCAUACCAAAAGGAAUAUCCCCUAUUGUUUAGCAAGAAAAAUAUGUACAGUAGUCGAGGAUGAACAUUUGAGAGAAGACCGUCUAGAGGAACUACAAUCAUUUUUGAUCAAGCAAAACUAUCCAGAGACUUUAAUAGAAAGGGGAAUUCAAAUGGCAAAACAGAUUCCAACCAACCAACUACGCUCCACCUGCGAGGAGCAGAGUAAUAACAACGAUAAAAUACCGUUCGUUAUUACACAUAAUCCACGGAACUUUAAAAUUAUUCCCGUUGCAAAGGCAAAUUUACCUAUUCUUGGUCAGGAUGAAAAGAUGCGCCGUUUAAUAAAUACAGAAACACUUCUACAAAGUAAACGGCAACCACAAAACCUUAAACGACUAUUGACCCGAGCACGAUUCGACCAAAAAAGAACAUUCAGUGUGUCAAAAUGUCGAGAUAGUCGUUGUGGGGCAUGUCCGUAUAUCCAUGUUGGCAAGGGAAUGGACAUACCUAAUGGUCUAUCACUUUUUACCAACGAAGACAUUACCUGUAAAUCCGAGAAUUUAAUUUAUUGCAUUAAAUGUAAUGGUUGCCAGGAAAUUUAUAUCGGCCAAACAGGGAACAGUGUAACAGAAAGAGUGCGCAUUCAUAGACAACAUAUACGGCAGCCACAAUACAGAAAAAUCCCCCUAAGCAAACAUUUAGACGAAUGUGGAGGGGGAUUUUUUAAAAUAUUCCCAUUUUAUAAAAUGAAUAUGGGUUGUGACAUUACACGAGAAGUCAAGGAAAAACAUUUUAUUUUAAAAUUUAAAUCACGAUUGAAUGCAAACUAUGCAUUUUCUAUUGUGUAA